GGAUGCGGAGGAGGGUGACGCAGGAGCUAUCCAGCUCCCAGCUCUCCAUCCACCGACAUCAAGGCCCAGACUGUACCAAGCUCGUCCGCUGCUCCUUGGUGAGUCCGGAACUGACGGCCAGUCCUCUGUCAGCCGAGACACGUUAAAAAUGGUCUCCAGGAUGGUCUUGACCAUGCUCUCUGGCCUUUUGUUUUGGCUGUUGUUUGGAUGGACUCCAGCAUUUGCUUACAGUCCACGGACCCCUGACCGGGUCUCAGAAACAGAUAUCCAGAGGCUGCUCCAUGGUGUUAUGGAGCAGCUGGGUAUUGCUAGGCCCCGCGUAGAAUACCCAGCUCACCAGGCCAUGAAUCUUGUGGGGCCACAGAGCAUCGAAGGUGGAGCUCAUGAGGGUCUUCAGCACCUGGGUCCUUUUGGCAACAUCCCUAAUAUUGUGGCAGAGUUGACUGGUGACAACAUCCCUAAGGACUUCAGUGAGGAUCAGGGCUACCCAGACCCUCCAAAUCCCUGUCCUGUUGGGAAAACAGCAGAUGAUGGAUGUCUAGAAAACACCCCUGACACUGCAGAGUUCAGUCGAGAAUUCCAGUUACACCAACAUCUUUUUGAUCCGGAACAUGACUACCCUGGAUUGGGAAAAUGGAACAAGAAACUCCUUUAUGAGAAGAUGAAGGGAGGACAGAGACGGAAGCGAAGGAGUGUUAAUCCAUAUCUUCAAGGAAAGAGGCUGGACAACGUUGUGGCCAAGAAAUCUGUCCCCCAUUUUUCAGAAGAGGAUAAGAACCCAGAAUAAAGAGAUGCUGGGUGGAAACCCACGCCCCACAAAGUUCAUGUGCAUGCAUUCCUAGAGGCUCCGUGAAUGGUAGCAUGCUUCUUAUAUAGAUAAUUAUGGAUGAAAAGCAGCUGUGCUUGCAUUGUCCUCUGCACCCGAUGGCUGUGCUUUCUGCUAAAUUAGAAUAAGAGCUAUUUUUCUUUUCUUUUCUUUUUUAUGUGGCUCUGCAAGAAGCAUUAAAAUUAAAAUGUAUAUGUCAAGUAUAAUAAAAACAAGGAUAUGAAAUACUUGAAUUUCUUGCAGUUUGGGGGUGUGCUAUUUUGGCCAAGUCUGUAAAAAGCUAACAUUUGAUUUCGAUUAUGUAGUGCAUCUAGCCCUUGGGCCUUGUUACACACCAAUAAAGAAGUUUGUACUCUAGGGGAGGGGCUAACACAUCUCCCUUGGCUGCAUCUUAAUAAAUGUGUAUGCAAGCA